GCGUUUGCCUAGACUAGUUUGCAGGCAUUAGAUGCUCUAACAGUCAUUUGUUUUUCGAUUUAAGUGAUUUAUUUGUAGAGAGUCAAAAGGGCUAAAAGCUUGAUUGUUCUGGAAAUACAAUUUGGGGAAGAAUGAUUCAAUUGCAUUUGGAACGCCACCAUUUUGAUGUGGGCCGAAUGGGCUGACCUUUCAUGGUCCAGUUCCUUUUGUCUGAAUAUCUCAAAGGCCAUUCAUUGCCAUGCCUGAUACGAACCACGUUACUCUUCCCACCUCCUACUAAUUCAGAGCACUUAAUACAAGUGACAGUUGGGUAGAUCUUGCACGCCAAGUGUUCGAUGUUUUGCGCCAGAGACACUCACCCGUUCCCGCGAAAUGCAUUGGAGAACCACGGUACCGCGCUUUCAUCAGCUUUUCAAAACCUCUCAUCUGUGCAAAACAGAAGCAUACGCAUCGUCUUCUCCAAUCCCAUGUCAGAGAUUAGCGUCUAUGUGGGUCCCAGUGAAGCACAAAUCCAGCGGAGGGAGUAGACCCAAGAAGAAAGUAUACCACAGAGUCCACGAACUCGACAAAGUCAUGGACUUGCAGAAAAAGCCCGUCUUGAUUUUACAGCUGAAAUCCAUUAUCCAGUCGCAGAAACACCAAUCUCUCCUUCUCAGGGACCUCGAGAAAGAAGUUGGGUUUGUUCAGAAGUGGAACUUCAUGGCCGUCAUAGAAAAAUACCCUUCAGUAUUCUACGUUGGCGGCGGCAACAGAACGCCCCCUUUUGUUACACUCACUGAAAAAGCUGAGAAAGUUGCUGCUGAAGAAGCUUCAGCUAAGGAUUUGAUGGAACCCAAUUUGGUUAAAAACUUGAAGAAGCUGUUGAUGUUGUCAGUUGACUGCCGGGUUCCUCUCGAAAACAUUGAAUUCAUCGAAUCCGAAUUGGGUUUGCCAAAUGAUUUCAAGAAAUCAUUGAUUCCGAAGUAUCCUGAAUUCUUUUCGGUUAAAGAUGUCAGUGGCAGAGAUUAUCUGCAUUUGGAGAAUUGGGAUUCUUCACUAGCAGUGACAGCUCGUGAGGAACAUUUGGUUGGUGAAGGAAUUUCCGCUGCUUGUGGAUUCGGGAAGAAGGUUAGGAUAUCGAAGGAUGGUAAUUUUCAAGGUCCACAUGCAUUUCGAGUGAAUUUUCCUGCUGGUUUUAGGCCAAACACUAGUUAUCUUGAGCAACUUGAAAGGUGGCAGAAAACGGAAUUCCCUUCUCCAUAUUUGAAUGCCAGGAGAUUUGACAUUGCUGAUCCCAAAGCGAGGAAGCGAGUGGUGGCGGUGCUUCAUGAGCUCCUCAGCUUGACAAUGCAGAAGAGGAUGACAUCUGCUCAACUGGAAGCAUUUCAUGCAGAGUAUUUCUUACCCUCUAAAUUGGUCCUUUGUCUGAUAAAGCAUCCUGGUAUCUUUUACAUAACUAAUAAAGGUGCAAGGAGCACUGUUUUUCUUAAAGAAGCUUAUGAUGGGUUGAAUUUGAUGAGCAAAUGUCCCCUGUUAUCAUUUCACGAUAAAUUUGUAGCGCUUAGCGGUAGAAGAGAGACCAAUCCAUGUAAUGUGAUGCAUUCUUCAUAGAUUUUAUUCUUGAAAUUGUAAAUUUGGAUUCUUUUGUGAUAUUUGUCAUUGAAACUAUCAUGCACGGUAUCUCUACCAUUUAAAAGAACAACGAAAUGAAAUUUAUUGCAAAA